AUGCGCAAAGGAAUAUAUUGUCAAUCAUUAAAGCUUCGUAUGGACUGCGCGCUGCAAGCGUCCAAAAGAUGCGCGUGGCAGCCGCGCGUAGUCGCACCCGGUUGGCGCGCGCGCCGAGGCGCGCUCGAACAUGGAACGCGUGUUUACCUAACCGUGGUUGGGUUUAUACGUAUUCUUCAAAGCUUGUCUAAAGUGAACAAAUUGACUAAACCAUCGUUAUGCUUAGAGGAGAUCGAAAUAAUAAGAUCUAAUAAAACCUUUCGUCCCGAAUGGUCUGACCUAGACACUCGAGAGCUUCCGGAGUGGUAUGAUAAGGCCAAAAUAGGCAUAUUUUUGCAUUGGGGCGUCUUCUCUGUACCCAGUUUUGGUUCAGAAUGGUUCUGGAGCAAUUGGAAAGCUAGCCCUAAUAAUAGCAUUGUAACUUUCAUGGUAAAGAACUAUCCACCUGGGUUUACCUAUCAAGAAUUUGCUCCAAAGUUCAAAGCGGAAUUUUUUGAACCCGAUAAUUGGGCUGAACUAUUUGCCAAAGCUGGGGCAAAAUAUGUUGUCCUUACAAGUAAACAUCAUGAAGGUUUUACAACGUUCCCAUCCAAGCGUUCCUUUAGUUGGAAUUCUGUUGAUGUUGGCCCCAAAAGAGAUGUUGUUGGAGAGCUAGCAAUAGCUGUAAGAAAUAGAGACUUGAAAUUUGGUGUAUACCAUUCAUUGUAUGAAUGGUUCAACCCUAUUUAUCUAGAAGACAAGAAAAACAAUUUUAAAACCCAGACUUAUGUAGAUACAAAGCUGUGGCCUGAUAUAAAGCAAUUGAUAGAGGAUUAUAAGCCAUCAGUGUUAUGGUCCGAUGGGGAUUGGGAAGCUCAUGAUGUCUAUUGGAAAGCGACUGACUUGCUAGCUUGGCUGUACAAUGAUAGCCCUGUAAAAGAUGAGAUAGUUGUUAAUGACAGGUGGGGCAUUAAUAUUCCUGGACAUCACGGAGAUUUCUACAACUAUGCUGAUAGAUUUAAUCCUGGUAAGCUACUAAAACAUAAAUGGGAGAAUGCCUUCACUGUGGACAAAAAAUCUUGGGGAUAUCGAAGGACUAUGAAAUUAAAUGAAAUACUAACUACUGACCAACUUCUCUAUCAAGUUGUGUCAACUGUGAGCUGUGGAGGAAACGCCCUAAUCAACGUGGGGCCUACUCCGGAAGGAACAAUAUCUAAUAUAUUCCAAGAACGUCUGCUGACUCUGGGCUCGUGGUUAUCUAUCAACGGCGAGGCCAUAUACGGCAGUUCACCAUGGCAUUCACAAAACGACACGUUGAAUGAAGAUGUUUGGUAUACCUGCGUUAAAGAACAGUACAAUUCGGUUCACCCUACAGCCACGCCACUGAAAACUGAUAAAAUAAAGGCAAUAUACGCGAUUAUGCUGAAGUGGCCAGCUUUGAGCAUUCUUAAGGUUAAAGAUGUUACAAGCUUAUUGCAUAGUGGCACUUAUAAAGUCGAGAUGUUAGGCAACAAAGGAGAUUACUUGGAUUGGCAUAUAAUAAACGGGGAAACAGUCAUAGCAUUGCCGGACAAAGCGAACGUCGUGUCUGAUCACGCGUGGACAUUAAAGUUUACUUUGAAAUAA